AUGAGCUCCCCCUCUACUCCGGUUGGCAUCAAGAGACAGACCCGCGCCCGCAACGAGUCGCCCCAGACCCCCAUCCGCAAGCUGGUCUUGCAGGAGGAGAAGCACGAGUCCAUCCAUAUCCCCUCGCCGCUCGCAUCGUCGUCGCGAAGCCGCCAGACAUCCAACGCCCAGAAGUCCAACAUCGCUCGCGACUCCCCCAAGAGCAAGAAGAUAGACUUUGGCGUCUCCGAGUUCGCGCUUACGGGAUCCGGUAAUCCCACCCCGGCUGCUCCCACUGGCAAGAAGACUAAGAAGUCUUCGUCAUCCGUCAAGCCGCGCCCGCAGAAGUCGACCCUCCGCGUGCCUCGCAACCCCACCGACCGCUUCAUCCCCCAGCGUCUCACCACCGAGGCCAUCGAUAACGUCAACGUAGCGAGAAUAUCCAAGCGUGGUGAGAGCAGCCGCCCGGUUUCGCGAGAGAGCUCCACUGAGGGCUCCGCCGUCUUGGCCUCUGCUGCCAACGACCUCAACAUCUUCGGCGCUAGCUCGAGCGACGACGACCUGACGCAGGCUCUGGGCCGGGUCAACUUGGACGACGAGGACGAGGAGGAGACGGUCAAGAAGCCUUCGCCCCGGACCGUUGCCUACCAGGACUCUCUUGCUCAAGCCUGCGACAUGAACAUCGGCUCGCGCAUUCUCGAGUUCAAGCCCGUUGCGCCGCAGUCCACCAAGCCUGUGGACCUGCGUGCGCAGUACAACCGUCCUCUGAAGUCCGUCAGCGGCCAGCUUCGUCGCCGCAUCGCCUCAGCCCCCGAGAAGGUGCUCGAUGCCCCGAGCAUUGUUGACGACUAUUACCUCAACCUUCUCGACUGGUCUGCCGGCAACCAGGUCGCCGUGGCCCUUGAGCGCGCUGUCUACAUUUGGUCUGCCGACACUGGCUCGGUGAACUCGCUCUUCGAGACUUCAGAUGACACUUAUGUCACUUCAGUCAAGUGGAGCGGCGAUGGCGCCUACGUCGCUGCGGGUCUCGACAAUGGCGAGGUCCAGAUCUGGGAUGUCGAGGAUGGUACCAAGCUCCGCAGCAUGCAUGGCCAUCAGUCUCGUGUCGGUGUCAUGGGCUGGAACAAGCACAUUCUCUCCACCGGUGAUCGCUCCGGUCUCAUCAUCAACCACGACGUCCGCGUUGCCGAGCACAAUGUCGCCGAGUUGUCGGGUCAUAGCCAUGAGGUUUGUGGCCUAGAGUGGCGCUCCGACGGCCAGAUGCUUGCGAGCGGUGGCAAUGACAACCUCGUCAACAUCUGGGACGCACGCAGCCUGAACGAGCCCAAGCACACCAAGACCAACCACCACGCGGCUGUCAAGGCCCUUGCCUGGUGCCCUUGGCAACUCAACCUUCUCGCUACCGGUGGUGGAUCGAAUGACAGACAGAUCCACUUCUGGAACUCGACGACGGGCGCUCGCCUGAACUCAAUCGACACUGGUAGCCAGGUCACCAGCAUCAGAUGGUCAACUCACUACAAAGAGCUCGUUAGCACCGGCGGCUUCCCUAACAACGCCCUCUCGGUCUGGUCAUACCCCACUCUGGUCAAGAACAUUGAGAUCCCGGCCCACGAGCAGCGCAUCCUCUUCAGCUGCCUCAGCCCCGACGGCCAGACGCUGGCUACUGCAUCGGCCGAUGAAAACCUCAAGUUCUGGAAGCUGUUCGAGAAGAAGGCUGGUGCUUCGACGGUGUCUGCCAAGCCCCGUGCUCUUACCGCUCCUACCACCCAGAUCCGCUAA